AUGUCUGCUUUUGAAGUUGAACAUCUUGCAGCUUGCAUUACUGCACAUGCUUGGAAUGCUGAUAGAUCAAGAGUUGCAUUAUGCCCAAACAAUAAUGAAAUUCAUAUUUAUGCCAAGCAAGGCACAUCAUGGGUUUGUGAGCACGUUUUAGCUGAACACGACCAAGUUGUCACUUCAAUCGAUUGGGCUCCAAAGACCAACCGUAUUCUUUCUUCCUCGCAAGAUCGUAAUGCCUACGUCUGGACCUUCAAGGAUGGUCAAUGGAAGCCAGUUUUGGUAUUAUUGAGAAUUAACAGAGCUGCUACUCAUGUCAAGUGGUCUCCACAAGAAAACAAGUUUGCAGUUGCAUCUGGUGCCAAGUUGGUAUGUAUUUGCUUCUUUGAAGAAGAACAUGACUGGUGGGCAUCUAACCACAUCAAGAAGCACAAGUCCACUGUAUUAAAGGUUGACUGGCACCCAAACAACUUGUUGUUGGCCACUGCUAGCUCUGACUACAAGGUUCGUGUGUUUGAUGCCUAUGUCAAGAAGGCUGAUGGUCGUGUCCAACGUCCAUACGGAGAAGUUGCCUUUGGUACACCCAUCUUUGAGUUUGAUCAAUGCGCUUCAUGGGUCCACGCUCUCAAGUGGUCACCAACCGGAAACCAACUCGGUUUCUCUUCACACGACUCUCAAUUGGCUGUUGCUGACUUUGCCACCAACCCACCAACCGUCGACAAGAUCAAGUUGCGUACCCUCCCACUCACCGAUCUCUUGUUUGCCACUGAAAACUCUAUCGUCGGUGUCGGUCACAACACCUCACCAAUCCUCGUCACCAAGCAAGGUUCUGGCUGGACUCUCCAAGGAGACCUCGACACUGGCUCUGGAUCCGCCGCAUCUGACAAUACCUCUGCUCGUAACCUUUUCCAAAACAAGGUAGAUCUCGGUGAGUCAAAGGUUGAUGUUAAAUUACCAACUGUUCAUCAAAAUUGCAUUACUAACAUUGUUUCAUACAAGCAAACUGGUGGUGCUGUCUCUGAUUUCUCAACCUCUGGUUUGGACGGAAAUAUUGUUAUUUGGAAAGUUAAACCAUUAGAGACCAAGAGCAAAUUAAAGUUCCUCUAA